AUGGGUUCUCCUGAUGACUCUAUGUCCUCAAGUAUUCAGUCAAGCAAAUUCUCUCCUGCAGUCUCCCUUUUAACCUCCUGGCACCUGUCCACUGCUGUCCAUAUAACUACUGAGUCAAGUCGAGUGGUUGAAGGAGAAAACAUCCUUUUCCUUGUGCAUGAUCUACCAGAUAAUACUAAAUCCUUAGUCUGGUUCAAAGCUCUAAAAAAUGUGACAGAAGAAAUUGCAGCAUAUGCACUGCCCUACAAUUUAAGUAGGCCAGGUCCUCUGUACAGUGGUAGAGAGACAAUAUAUCGCAAUGGAUCCCUGAUGAUAGAAAAUGUCAACCUCAAGGACACAGGAUUCUAUAUUCUACAAACCUAUAACAGACGUAAAAAAGUCAUAUCAACAACAACCAUGUACCUCCAAGUGAAUGCCUCACAUUCUCUGUGUUGCAACCCUCUCACUCCUUUCCCACUCAUGAUCCAACCAUUGCCUCCAUAUGCUGUUGAAGGGAAUGAUGUACUUCUUUACGUUCAUAAUCUUCCAGAAGAUCUGCAAGGCUUUGCCUGGUACAAAUCGAUAUAUAGGGGCCAUGUCAUUAAAAUUGUAGAAUACAGCUCAGCCUUGUAUUCUCUCUCUUGGGAGCCUGAAUACAAACCAAGAGGGACAAUGUACAAAGACGGAUCCCUGAUGCUCCUGAAUGUCACUGAGGAAGAUGCGGGAAUGUAUGCACUAGCAAUUUUAAACAAAGAUUUCAAAAUAGAAGAAGCCUACGUGAAAUUUCAUAUAUACAAGAAUGUGACACAGCCCUUUGUGCAAAUCUCUGAUACCACAGUCGCAGGACAAAGAUCUGUGAUCUUCUCCUGCAUUUCACCUGACACUAAUAUCUCUAUCCGUUGGAUCUUCAAUAAGAAGAAUCUGCAGCUCAAAGAGAGGAUGACUUUGUCCCCAACAAAGUGUGGACUCAAAAUAGAUCCUGUCAAGGAUGAGGAUGCUGGAGAAUAUCAGUGUGAGGUCUUCAACCGAGUUAGUUCGAAGAUCAGUCCCCCAGUGAGCCUGGCCAUCAUGAACGAGUGA